AUGUCUCCCUUCCAAGGGUCCUUCCCUCCUUCUCUGAUGCCUUCAUCCUCAAGCAGUACUACGCGGGAGCCUGCCAUCACGAUUGCUACCUCGCCAGUCAAUGCAAAGUAUAGGGAAUUGCACAGGCAGCUCGAGUCCAAGUGGUUGUCUGCCAUGAACAGCACACCCAGUGCGGAAGCGAAGAAGAGCAGGAAGAUCCGGAAGCUCGUCCUUGAUGGCAUUCCUGCUUCUGUGAGGGGUGUUGUUUGGUUGUAUCUGACCGACUCAAAAGGGCGUCGGAUGCCUGGUUUGUAUGAAAAACUUUGUAUGCGUGGGAAGGUUGCUGCUUCAGAUGAGAUAUGGAUGGAUAUCCAAAGUCACUUUUCCGGGCAUAUUCACUUGUGUGAUCCCGAUGGUCCUUUGAUGUCCUUGUUGCAAGCCUAUUUUUGUAUGGUGCCAGACACGGAGUAUAAUUACAGCUUAUCCCUGGUAGCCGGUCAUGUACUUCUCCAAACUCCGGAAGAGGAUGCAUUUUGGACAUUCGUUGCUUUAAUGGAUAAUCAUCUCCGUGGUUAUUUCUCAUCUGUAGCACGACUGUUGGAAAUUGAUUCCCUGCUGUUCGAGAAAGCGCUUAACACCUAUGACAAGAGCAUCGCCGUUCGGUUAUUUAAUACACUCCAAGUUUCCCCACUGGAGCUUUGUCGAAAUUGGUUUCCCAGUUUAUUUUCUGUCACUCUUCCCUCCUCACACUUAAAUCGGACCUGGGACGUGAUUAUGUUAUUUGAAACCGCGCCGAUCCUUUUCAGGAUAGGUCUGGCGAUCAUAUCCUUCGCCCAGCCUUAUAUCAUGAAUCCUGCUCGAUGCCGCACAGGUGCGGAGGCGCUUGCAUAUUUAAGUCAGCCACCUGCAGAGAUCUUUCCUCCAGAUCCUGAUCAAAUUGUGCAAACCGCAAUGUCUGUUAAACUCAAGGAGGACGAGUUGCGCAAGAUGCGUUCAAAGGUGGAACACGAAGUGCGUAAACGAUCAGUGUUGCCCAGGACAGCAACCUUCCGAUAG